AUGGAGGACUAUCUGCAGGGUUGUCGAAUUGCUCUGCAGGAGUCCCGACCCAUACAUGUUGUGCUGGGAAAUGAAGCCUGUGACUUGGACUCCAUGGUGUCAGCUCUCGCCCUGGCUUUUUAUCUGGCAAAGACAACUGAGGCUGAAGAAGUCUUUGUGCCAGUUUUAAAUAUAAAACGUUCUGAGCUACCUCUACGAGGUGACAAUGUCUUCUUCCUUCAGAAGACUCACAUUCCAGAGUCCCUCUUAAUUUUCCGGGAUGAGAUUGACCUCCAUGCAUUGCAGCAGGCUGGCCAGCUCACCCUCAUCCUUGUUGACCAUCAUGUCUUACCCAAAAGUGACGCAGCCUUAGAGGAGGCAGUAGCAGAGGUGCUAGACCAUCGGCCCAUCGAUCAGAAACACUGCCCUGCCUGCCAUGUUUCAGUUGAGCUGGUGGGGUCCUGCGCUACCCUGGUGGCCGAGAGAAUCCUGCAGGGGGCACCAGAGAUCUUGGACAGGCAAACUGCAGCCCUUCUUCAUGGAGCAAUCAUCCUGGACUGUGUGAACAUGGACCUUAAAAUUGGAAAGGCAACCCUAAAGGACAACCGAUAUGUGGAGAAUCUAGAGGCCCUCUUCCCAGAUCUGCCCAACAGAAAUGAUAUCUUUGAUUCUCUGCAAAAGGCAAAGUUUGAUGUAUCAGGACUGACCACAGAGCAGAUGCUGAGAAAGGACCAGAAGACCAUCUCCAGACAAGGCACCAAGGUGGCCAUUAGUGCAAUAUAUAUGGAUUUGGAGGCCUUUCUGCAGAGGUCUGGCCUCAUUGCAGAUCUCCAUGCCUUCUGCCAGGCUCACAGCUAUGAUGCCCUGGUCGCCAUGACUAUCUUUUUCAACACUUACAAUGAGCCAGUGCGGCAGUUGGCAGUUUUCUGUCCCCACACAGCACUCCGAGUGACGGUCUGUGGAGUCCUGGAACGCUCCCACUCUCCGUCCCUGAAGCUGACCCCUGCCCCAAGCAUCCACCCUAACCUCCAAGCCUAUCUUCAAGGCAACACCCAGGUCUCUCGAAAGAAACUUCUGCCUCUGCUCCAGGAAGCCCUGUCAGCAUAUUUUGACUCCACGAACAUCCCUUCAGGACAGCCUGAGACAGAGGGUGUGUCCAGGGAGCAGGUAGACAAGGAAUUGGACAGGGCAGGUAACUCCCUGAUUCCUGGACUGAGUCAAGAUGAGGAGGAGCCUCCACUGCCCCCCACACCCAUGAACAGCCUGGUGGAUGAGUGCCCUCUGGAUCAGGGGCUGCCGAAAUUCUCAGCCGAGGUCAUCUUUGAGAAAUGUAGUCAGAUCUCACUGUCAGAAUCUACCACUGCCUCCCGGUCCAAGAAAUGA